UAUUUUAUUUAUUUUUUUUAGUUGUCUUUUGUCUGAGUUCCGACAGGCGAGGAGACCUUGGCGAUCGCGAAGCUAGAAGUGGAUUUCCGGGUAUCUUAAAAGCAUUUGCCAGUGGAUUUUCCGGUGAUACAGGAUUUUAUCUGAUCUAUUACCGAGUCAUUCUAACCAUAUAUGUAAUCGACAGUAUAUGUAAAACGUAACAUGAAGGGAUAAUCUUUUCUUCUGUGAAGUUGGUAUCAUCAGUAGUGACUAAUCAAGGACCAUUUUUGAAGGCGUUAUUUCCUAUAUAAGUGUUAGUGAUAAGAUAAUUGGCUCGAGUAUAUAACAUCAGAGGUUAGCAUCACGGCUUUUAUUCUUCUUAAGAAAAGAUAAACAUGAAGGAACAGAGGAAAGUGACAACGGUUAUUGUGGGUGCAGGAAACAGGGGGCAGAAUUAUGCCAGAUAUAGUGAGGAAUACCCUGACUUGCUGCAGAUAGUGGCUGUAGCAGAACCUCGUCAGAAUAGAAGGGAAAAUAUCCAGAGACUUCACUCAUUGCCCCAGGAGAGAUGCUACAAAGACUGGGAAGACCUUGUGAAGGAACCCAAGCUUGCUGACUGUGCUAUUGUUGCAACACAAGAUCAAGAUCAUCUCAAACCUUCAGUAGCACUUGCCAAAUUAGGCUAUCAUAUACUGUUAGAGAAACCAAUGGCUGUGUCAGAAGAAGAUUGCCGAGCUAUCUAUGAGGCUUGUCGGGAAGCUGGUGUGAUGUUGGCUGUAUGUCAUGUACUCAGGUAUCAUCCACCAGCAAGGAAAUUAAAAGAACUGAUUGACUCUGGUGUGAUAGGAGAGGUUGUCAACAUCAAUCACACAGAACCUGUUGGGUUUUGGCAUUUUGCUCACUCCUUUGUAAGAGGAAAUUGGCAUAACUCGAAGCACAGCACAUUUUCCCUCUUAGCAAAAUGCUGUCAUGAUGUUGACCUCAUUGCAUACUGGAUGGGGAAUAAGAAAUGUGUCAAGCUUUCAUCCUUUGGCUCUCUACACCACUUUAGAAAGGAGAAAAAGCCAGCAGGUGGAGGUACGAGAUGUCUUCAGUGCCCUAUUGAAACAAAGUGUCCAUAUUCAGCCAAGAAAAUCUACCUGGACCCAGCGCCAACCAAACCACGCUGGCCCAUGAGCCCUGUUUGCGAUAUAGAGGAUGGUCCAGGGGGCUAUCUAUCAAACUUGACUAAAGCUAUCGAAACAGGGCCAUAUGGAAAAUGUGUGUAUGAAGUUGAUAAUGAUGUGUGUGACAACCAGGUGGUAAACUUUGAAUUUAGUGAUGGAGCAACAGCAACUCUCACCAUGGUUGCCUUCACAGAACACUUAUGUUCAAGGAAGGCUAUAGUAUAUGGAACACAUGGACAGUUAACUUGGGAUGAAUCCAAAGGGCAUUUUGUUGAACACUAUGACUUCCUCUCAAAAAGCACCACAAUCCAUGAAAGUGAUGUUCCGCCACUCUUGAAUUGGGGGCAUGGAGGGGCUGACUUCUUUUUAAUGAAAAGUUUUGUACAAGCUGUUGCAGGAGGAGACAAAGAUUACAUUUUAUCUGGUCCAAAAGUGUCCCUCGAGACCCACCUUCUAACUUUUGCUGCUGAAGAAUCUAGGCUUUCAGGUACUAUUGUGAAGCCUAGUGAAGAUCCAAGAUGGGUGGUGAGGUAAUUGUCAGAUGAAGAACCACUCAUAUGAUGGAGAGAUAUUCCCAUAUUUGUGUUGUACAUUAUAGUGAGGGCAAAGGACAGUAUUUUGUAAUGAUAUAUUCAAUUUUCUAUGUAUAUGAAGAUUUGAUAAAUGCAGUUCCUAUCUGAUUAUAUAGAUUGUGAGUCAUGUUUUCUAUGUAAGCACUAUCACCCAGAAUCAAUUUCUAAACAGACACUUAGGCAUUAUUUAAGGGACUUUGACAAACUGAGAGAAAUCCUUGAUAAUAUAGACUGGAAUGAUGAAUUACAAGACAAGAUCAGACAGAACUACAUUAGAUAAAAAAGAGUUUCUGUUAUUCAGUACUCAAGGAUAGAUGAUGAAUUAGACAACCAGGAACUUCAAAAUUGCCUGUGAAUGACCAUAGACACAGACAUGGCAAUUACAUAUCAGUUCAUCAAAUGCAAGGUCAUCCAUCUCAAAGUGAAUGUAGGAGCAUCUUAUUGAUAGUUCAGGGGGUGUGAUACUAGCAUUUAUGAUAAGAACUGUAGGGCACAUAUAAACAGAACAUUCCUUUUAUGAAGAGGGACGUGAUGACAUUGCUUAUCAAAGACCUGAUCAGACCCCAUCUAGAAUAUAGCUCAGUCUGGUGACCAAUUAUUAAAAUAUUGUUAAAUUGUACAUGUUGAUUCACCUGUUUAAGAAUCAUAUAUUGGUUAACUCAUUUAAAAAAGAUACUUGGUAUUGAAUCAAGAGAGCAUAAUAUUCUGGUUGAAAAGUCUGUAUAUGAUGUGAAAUUACAGAUCAGGACUAAAACUGUAAUUUCUCGUAAUAGCAAGAGAAUAGCAUUUAUUUUAUGUACAUAUUAUAUUUUUGGUAAUGAACUGCAGUUAUUUAUUGGUGAUCAGUUAAUAAAAUAUUGUUAAUAUU